CCUUUUUUUACGGCGGAUAAUGCGAGUUCCGGCCGCUCCGUGCGCCUGUCCACUCGCUGCCCUCUUGUUGGUGCGAUUGUGCGACGCUCACUUAUUUCUCGAGCUAUUAUUGGCGGUGUAUAGCUUUUUCUUUUUGCAUUCCACGUUCCUUCGUGCGAAGCUCGCUCGCGCUUAAACAUGGCGCGAGGCUGCAUCUGAUUUUUACUCCGUUCUCGCUAACUGCGAUACGAACCAAAUAAAUGGGAACAAAGAGGCGGUGGCGGCGGCCUGCUGCGGGCUUCCAUUAUAUGCCACGUGCGCACACGCCUGUCUGAGCGCGAGCUCGCGUUCUUCGAGUUCCCCUCUCGCGUGUGUGCAGGGGUCCGGCCUGCAGCUUUCCUCUAGUUGCUGCGGCUCGCGUUUUCGCGCUUGCUUUUCGUGUUCGCUAUCGCGGGGGCUCGGCUCUACGUAUCUCUCUCCCUCCGGCACCCCUCGCCGUCGUCAUCAACGCGGCAGCGGGGAUCACGGAUUCGGGCUCUGCUCUACCUGGACGUGCUGUGUGCUUCGGCAGGCGUCGCGGGGAACGCGCGUCGUCGGCGUUCCGAACCCUCCCCUCUCGUUGCUGCUGCGUGCCACGGUGGCAGCAACCGAUUCGAACAGCCGGUGGUGGUGGUGGUGGUAGGGACGCGUCGCAAACGCCGUCGGUGUCGCGGGUCGGCCAUGCUGUCCGUGUGGUCGCCGCCCAGGGAGGAAGACGAGGAGGAAGAAGGGCAGCUGUCUUCCAGUUCGGGGUCGAAUAACCCGGUGGCGACGAAGACCGUGACGAUGACGAAGACGACGGCGAACGCGGUGGCGACGUCCGCGACGAGUUUUGUGCCCGUGGCUUCGGAGGAGCGGCGUCCGGCGAGGACGGUCAAGCCUUUCACUAUCGCCGGCACCGGUCGCAAGAUGAUCCGAAGUGUGAAGGAGAGCCACCAGAUGGCGGAGGCCAACGUGGAGAAGAACCAGAAGCUGAAGGAUGCGCUGGGCAUCAACCCCUUCUUUGUGGAGGGCAGCUCCCUGGACCCCGACCGCAAGGCCAAGGAGGCACAGGCCGCCUCCGAGGCACACAAGCAGUACAGCCUUCUUCCGGACUCCGAGAGUUCCCCGGAGCCCGAACAGAAAACGAAAAAGAAGAAAAAGCCUGAGAAGGAAGUUGUGAGCAAAAGGAGCCCCACUCCAGAGGCACCCAAGAAGAAGAAGAUCUCCUCCUCUUCCUCGGCCAAAAAGCAGAAGCGGGACAGGUCAGAGUCCCCAGAGCCGAAGCACAAAAAGAGCAAGCCAAAGAAGAAACAGCCUUCUAAAGUGAAGCGCAGAAGCCGGAAAAGUCCCGUUCCGGAGCCCAGGCACAAGCGGAAGCGGGCACACUCUCCUUCGGAGUCUGCGAGCUCGGACGAGGAGAGCAGCGACGAGUCGUCGUCUUCAUCUUCCGACAGCGACUCAAGCGACUCCGACUCCAAGCACAGCGCCUCCUCUCGCUCGUCUCGGGAGAGCAGCCCAGAGCGAGGCAAACAGGAGAAGAAGAAGAAGCCUGCGAGCAGCUCCAAGCGACCUUCGAGUCGUCGGAGGUCACCGAAGGAGAGCAACUCCAAGUCACGCAAGUCUCGCAAGAGCCGUCAUGGGGACGCCAAGAAGUCGAGAAGCGAGGAGGAGCCCGAAGAGGCACCGCCACCACCCCCACGCCGGAGUAAGAAAGGCGGCGCGGUGACAGCGGAACGGGACGGUUCCGCAGACAGGCGCAAGCGCGUCGAGGAGGCCCCUCCGCCGGCGCACCGGCGGAAGCACGCCAAACACCACCGGCGUCGCCAUGAAGACGAGGACAGCGAACAUUCUGACGUCGCCCCACAGAGCUCCUCCGCGGCCAAGAAGCAGUCGCGGAGCGGCGCGUCCUCCCGUAAGCAGACAACCGCCGCCAAGGCGGAGAGGCGCCACCGUUCUUCGAGCAGCGACUCCGAGGAAGAGGAGGAGGAGGAGGAUUCUGCAUCCGGGAGGAAGGAGAAGAGGAGAAAGCCUGCGGUGGAGAAGCGGCGCAGGAAGAAGCCCGAGAAGAAACGGAAGAAGAGAGGGGGCAGGGGGAGGAGGGGCGCCUCAGACUCGUCGGAAGAGUCCUCGUCGGAAUCGGAGGACGACUCGGAGUCGGGCUCGGACUCCGGGUCGGAAGACUCGUCUUCCGGGUCAAGCUCUGGGGAGGAGAGCGGCCGCAAGAAAAAGAAGACCAGAAAGGGCCACUCCUCGAGGACGGAAAAGGUGGCUCGCAGCAGCGGCAGUCGCAAGCACGCCGACCGCAAGGGCAAGGACAGAGCGGAGAAGGUCAAGGACAGCGACGGUGGAGGAGGGGACGCCCGCAAGAGGGACCCACGGAAGCGAGCCAAGGAAGAGGCCUCCGCCAGGAGCGGCAGCAGCAGCAGACGGCGGCACAAGCGCUCCUCCCGCAGCGAGGACAGGGAGGGGGGGCCCCGCAAAAGGGAGGCCCGGGAAACGGCCCUUGACGAGGCAGACGACGACAGGGAAGAAGGGGAGCUGGCCAGCGAACGGGGCAGCCAGGAGAAGACCGGCCACGCCGUGUCUUCAGAGGUGUCGGUGGCUCCUCCCCGGCCAACCGUACCGGAGCAGCGGGGCCCCAGCCCCAAGGUGGGUGCGGCCGGGACGGAGCGUGGGGCCCGCGAGGCAAGCCGCUCUCCCGGUACGGCCCCCUCCAGGCAGCAGAACGGCCACCGGGGCCCCUCGCCCCCCAAGUCUCCCCUGCCCGCCGUCACGGGGCGCCGGGCGGCCUCUCCUUCCAGCUCCAGAUCACGCUCACACUCUAGGUCCAGGUCCCGCAGCUCGCGUGGGAAAGGGGUGCCGUCCCGCAAGUCCCCCUGGGAGUCUCCCAAGAGGUCCAGGGCCCAGCGGCAGAGGUCCAGGUCGGGCAGCGGCACAUCGAGGUCUCGCUCGCGAGGACGGAGAGGUCACUCCAGGUCCCCUUCAUACGCUUCCUACCGCAACAGAGGAGACAGCCGGGAGCGCAGGCGCUCGAGGUCGCGUGAGCACAGCCGCUCACGGGACCGCUCCUACAGCAGCCGCAGUUACUCCAUGCACUCUCGAAGCUCCAGGGCUCCAGACGCAAAAAUCAGGUACAGCAGCAGCAGGAGUAGAAGCCGUAGUGGCUCGUACCGUCGGCGCACAGACCGCCAUCGCCGACGAUGACCCGGAAGUGUUACUUCACGCACCUCAAAAACAAGAACACCCACCCUCCUUUUUAUUUUUCUUUUCUUUUUUUUUUGACUUGUUUAUGACCAUACCUUUUUUUUUUUUUUUUUUUUCUUUGCUAUCUUUCAUUUUCUCAUGUUAUGUCAAGAAAGGACUGUUAUACUCUUCGUUCUCAAGGGCCUUUUAGCAGCCUGCAGUCUUCGAGGCACUGGCCAUCACCCCUUGAUUGGAUUUAGUUCUCAUUCGUGUGCAGGGACGACGUGGGUUGAAGUGGUUUCAGUCUGUGUUAAUCAACCUCGGCAGCAUUCUGUUAUUGGGCUCUAUAAGGGUUCUGGUGGGAAUGUGGAACUAGUGGUCAGUGCACCAACUUGAGCCCAUAUGGAUUUGUUCUUGUGUAAGAUAAAGCGUCGAUGUGUUUGCAAAAGUUUUGGUGCAAUAAGCGAGCGUGAAUACUGCAGGCUGUUUGUUGCUGGGCAUGCAUGAAAAAAUACAUUCUGUGUUCAUUUCUCGACGCACUUGUGCCCCCGCAUCAUUUUUGCACAUUUGGUUUAUUUUUUAUGGGGAGCAGAUUUUGAGAAUAAUAAAAGUGUCAUCUCCUUGGU